AUGGAGCUCCAGUUUCCUUCAAUUCCUCUGCUCUUAUCUUUCCUCCUCUUCGUUUUCAUGGUAUUCAAAAUUGCCAAGAAAACCAGAUCCAAGACUUCGAGUCCAAAGCUUCCCCCGGGGCCAUGGAAGCUCCCUCUCAUAGGAAACAUGCACCAGCUUGCAGUUUCAGGCUCACUGCCCCACCACACCUUGAGAAAAAUGGCCGGAAAAUACGGGCCGUUGAUGCACCUAAACCUCGGCGAGGUCUCCACCAUCAUUGUCACGUCUGCGGAAAUCGCCAAGGAGGUUUUGAAAACACAUGACCUCAUCUUUGCUCAAAGGCCUUUCCUUCUUGCUUCGAGAAUUCUCUGUUAUGAUUCCACAGACAUCGUGUUUUCGCCCUUCGGUGAUUACUGGAGACAAAUGCGGAAAAUAUGUGUGAUGGAACUUUUAAGCUCAAAGCGCGUCCAAACAUUUCAGGGUAUCAGGGAAGAAGAGGUCUCGAAUCUCAUCAUGUCAAUUUCACAAGAAAGGGAAUUACCCAUCAAUCUUAGCAAGAAAAUUUACUCCUUGACAUUUGGGAUUGUUGGUAGAGCGGCAUUUGGGAAGAAAAGCAAAUACCAAGAAGAACUCAUUUCCAUUAUCGAGGAGGCUAAUCCCUUGGUAGCAGGCUUCACUAUUGUUGACAUGUACCCGUCGGUGAAACUGCUUGAAGUGACCACCGGAUUCAGGUGCAAGCUCGAGAAAAUACACGAAAAGCAAAAUCAGAUACUCGAAAGCGUUGUUAGGGACCAUAAAGAAAGGAGGACAACAGAAAGUGGAAAAGGAGAAGCAGAAGGAGAGGAUCUAGUUGAUGUUCUUCUAAGAAUUCAGAAGCAAGGUGACCUUGAAUUUCCAUUGACCGAUGACAACAUCAAAGCAGUCCUUUUGGAUAUUUUCAGUGCCGGAAGUGAGACGUCAUCAACAAUUAUAGAGUGGGCAAUGUCAGAACUGCUGAAAAACCCACAACUCAUGAAAAGAGCACAAGAUGAGGUUAGAAAUAUCUUCGACAAUAAAGGAAAUGUUGAUGAAACAGGCCUUCCCGAAUUGAAGUAUCUAAACUCUAUAGUCAAAGAAACCUUGAGGCUACACCCCUCUGCACCUCUUUUAGUUCCGAGAGAAUCAAGUGAAAAAUGCAUGGUCAGCGGAUACGAGAUACCUGAGAAGACUAGAGUCAUCGUUAAUGCAUGGGCAAUCGGGCGAGAUCCCAAAUACUGGACUGACGCAGAGAAGUUUGAUCCCGAGAGAUUCAUCGACAGUGAAAUUGAUUACAAAGGAAGAGAUUUCGAAUACAUCCCAUUUGGCGCUGGAAGAAGGAUAUGCCCAGGCUUGUUGUUUGCCCUUCCUAAUAUGGAGCUUCCACUUGCACAGCUUUUGUACCAUUUCGACUGGAAACUCCCCAAAGGAAUGAAGGCAGAAGAACUAGACAUGGAAGAGAGAUUUGGUUUGACUGUACGAAGAGAGCAUGAUCUUUACUUGAUUCCCGUUCCUUAUAAUCAUCUUUCUUCUGUCAAAUAAGGCCGCAAGGAAUUCAUGUCAAGACUUAAUUUCAGAUUGCAUAACCUUCAACCUUGCUGUGAUAGAGAGUACGAACUAAGUUAUCCGAUAAUAACUUCUUAGUUCGUACAUGGAUAACUGUAACUUAUGUAUGUGAGAUAUUGCGUUCCGGUCAUGGUAAAGAAUCCUUGAUGAA